UAUACCCCAUUUUACAGGUGAAGGAAAUUGAGGCUGGGGGAGGUGCCUGUUGUUCAAGGUCACACAGCUGGGGAGAGACAAUUGUGAUUCUGCCAACGGCCUGGCUCAUUGCAAAGAGCGUAUUCCUUUCUUUAUACCUCAAUGUACAGCAACGGUAGCCACCCACACAAACACAUUCGAUCUGUGGACACAGGCUCCAUGGGAGUAUGGGCCUUACUCAAGGUCUGAGAAGGGUUAGUGGCAAGUAGGGGCUAUUCCCACUUCCACUUGUAAGAGUCAGAAACCCAGUCAGUGCUUAACCAUCCAUUUGCAACAUCCCAGACAGACCGUGGGGGGCCUUGUAUUGUCAUCAGUUUGAGUCUGGGAGGGAGGUUUCUGGUUUGCUCCCCACCCCCAGCUCUCAAGACUCCAGGCCAUGGCCCUGGAGGAGAAGGGACCCCACAGCCCCGGGAGAGUUCCCAGAAAGAAUCCCCUGGGUGUCCGAUGAGGUCACAAAGCCCCCACCAAAGGCUCCUCCCCCAGACCAGGCUGACCACCCACAGGGCUAUGGCCAGGCCCUGGGGAAGUUCCAGGCUCUGGAACUACUGAGCCCUGGGCCAGGGCCAGUGGGCUGUGGGGUGCCAGGUCCCUGACUCCGUGCCUGGGCAACUACCCUUUCUGCAACUGCCAUGAACCGGUUUCGUAACAUCAGGCACCUGGAUCCACUGCCGGGCCCCCCAAAGUGGGUCCCCACUCUGGGCCAGCUGCAGAAGACCCUCCAGAAGGGCGAGUACCUGCCCCUCCGCCCGCUGCCCAUGUUCGAGAGUAACUUUGUGCAGGUGACCAACCGAGGGGCCCCCGUGUACGUACACCACAAAACCAACCAUCUGACCAUGGGUGUGGCCGCCUCCUUGCCAGGCCUGGUGCUGCCAGACCUCCUGCUGAUCGCUCGGCCCCCCGAGGGCAGGGACUGCUCCAACCUCGUCCUCACCAGGAUGAUCCCGCUAGACCUGGUCCACCUCUACGUCCACAAUUUGUCUGCCUGGCGUCUGAAGCUGCGCCUGAUCACGGGCCGCUACUACUACCUGGAGCUGGAUGCCCCUGACAGCGAGGUCGCCUUCCUGUUUGACCGCUGGGUCCAUCUCAUCCACUUGCUGCGGGAGCCAGCCACUGCCUGGGCCCCCAGAACCCUGAAUACGGCCCCCAUGGACCUGGCUCUGGUGGCACCUCCCGCCUCCACCUGGCGCCUCCAGGACCAGUCCCACACCAAGCGUUCAGUCAUGAUUGUUGAACCCACCUUUCCUUACAAGAUGGUGACUACUCGGAAAAAAAGAAAGGCAAAGACCCUCAAGCGCAGAUUCAAGUCCCAGGCCGUAGGCGACUCCCUGCCUAUCAUCUGGUCACAGCUGGAGCAGGCUGACACUAGAAAGAAAUCCAGAGAAAAAAGGUCUCACUCAGACCACAGCCUGCACAGAUCUCAGACCAAACUCCAAGUUUCUGGUGAGCACACCCCUCCCUCUGCCUGCGUGAAGGGCCCCAAGCUCCAACCUCCCCUCCCCCAGGGCUCAGGCUGCUCUCCUUUCUCCCAGGGAAGCCCAGCAUCACUAUCCGGACCAUCUUCAUGUUGCUUGUCUAAAUCUGACCCAGCAGUGGUUGUGGGUGGUUUAUUUGAGAGCCCUUCGCAGUGUAUCUCGGAGGACAGCCGAGAUAUUUCCUUGCUGGGCUCCUUUAACCACAUCGAUGCUUACCUGUGGCAACAGGAUGUGGAAGACUUGAUAGACCCUGAAUCCAGCACCUUGUCCUCCAACUCCCUCUGCCAGGCCACCUACUCUCCCAACUUCUACCUGCCUGCCCCCUACUCCUCUGUCCCCAGGCACAAAGAAAAGGCCAGGCCCCUGGGCUCUGUGCAGAGGCUGUGGCCUCCACCCUCCCAGAAGACCCCCUCUGUCCCUGCCACCUCUUGGAAGGCUCCGUUUAUCCUUGACCAAUCCCAGAAGGUCUCAGCUGUACCUGCUCCAUCCCAGAAGGCCCCAGCUAGACUCGCUGCUCCCCAUAAGACCCCAAUUGUAGCUUCUGUUCCCCAGAAAGCCCCAGUCAUACCUGGCCCAUCCCAGAAGGCCUUAACUGUACCAGCUAUUUUCCACAAGACACCAGACAUACCUGCCCCAUCUCGGAAAACCCCCACUAUACCUGGCCCAUCCAAGAAGACCCCCGGUGUACCAGCUAUUGCCCAGAAGGCCCCCGCUAUAUCUGCCCCAUCUCGGAAGGCCCGACCUGCACUUGCUCUUCCCCCGAAGACCAUGUCCCCUCCUGUCCCAAACCAAAAAUCUCUGUCCCUAUCUACCCGAUCUCAGAAGGCUCUGACCUCACCCACACAAUACCAGCUGACAUCGGACCCUGCCAAUUUGGGCAUGUUGCCCAUGGGACGUCAUGGUGGAGAUGUACUUGAGAGAAAUCAGCUUGAAGGGAAGCGAGAGUCAGUGGUGCUGGUGGGCACCCAGGAGACAAAGGUCGUGGAGCUGAGGGCCCAUAAAACAUCCCUGGAGCUUCCCUUCACCACCACCAAGAAGGAGUCGAAAGAGGUCAUGAUCAGCAAAGUCCGGGAGAUCACCUUGGAUGGCUUGAAGAGCAAGGGCAAGUUGGAGGACAAGGUCCAAAGGAUGAAGGAGGGGAAAUCCCUGGACAUGACUGGCUUCAAGUCCAAGGAGGUACAAAAGCAGAAGAAGUGGGUCACGACCCAGGAGCUGGCCGUGGAGAGAGCCCCACGGGAGCACAGCAGGCCUUUCUCAGUGGAGGGGCUCACCCUGGCCAAGCUGAUGAUCAUGGCCAAGUCCAAGGAGCCAACCUUGAGACCGGAAUUGGUCAGUCUGCCCUCCUGGCUCUUGACCCCUCAGGUGUCUCCCAUGUCAAGAAUGGGCACGGAGCCCCUCAGCCCCAGCCAGGUGUUGGAGGGGACACCGGUGGUGGUGAGGGAGCAGCCCUGGUUGGGCCCCUGGGAGAAGGGAAGUGCGAAUCUUUGGGUGGAAGAGACCUCGCACCCGUGGGCAGAGGUAGAGGUGGAGGGGCUGCUCUCAGAACAGAAGGGACCUUCCAAAGUGUCCUCCUGCUCAAAAUGUACCCCCAGCAGCCCAAAGAUGGACAGAGCCUCCCAGGACCCUAUCCCUCUGCCCUCAACAAGGUGGGAGGACAUAGGUGUGUCCCCAAAGCCCGAGAGAUCUCAAGAGACCAUGGGGAUGCCAGGCCAGCACCCCCUGGCCAUGAUGGGGUCGUCCUUGGAGAUUCUCUUGCCCAAGCUCUUGGAAAUUGAGAGUUUGAGGGACACGGCCAACAGGGUGGAGAAGAUGAAGAAGGAACUGGGUGUCUUCACACCUUCACCCAGGUACUUGGGGAAGACAGGACCUCUGGAGUUAUCAGCCCCAGGUGCUGUGCGCCUCUACUGUAAGAAGCGCGGUGCCGGACAGGCCGGCGCGGGGAGCUCUUUCUCCGGUAGAGACUAG